CCACUACCCGACCCGUUGGUUUGUUUCCGGAAGUACAUUUUUUGGGGGUGGAUGCUUAUUGUGUUGACUGGCUAGCAAACUAGCUGCUCAUAGACACUUUGCCAUGAUGUCCGCAGCCAUCAUAACCUUCCAGUCUCAGCUCUCCGGGGUCAUGGAGACGGUCCUUAAGUCAGCCAUGUAUGAGAUCACCAGGCUGGUGGAGGAUAGUUUCCUGGAGGAGGUGUCCCGGAACCGGGAGCAGGUCGAGUCACUGAAGAAGCGGCUGCAGUGGUCGGAGAACAGAGAGGGAGACCAGAGGGGAAAGUGUGGGGACUGUGGGAGAGCUGGCAAGGAAGGUCAUGAGAUAAGCUUAGGAACUUCACAGACAGGUGUGGAGAGGGGGCGUGGCCUGAAGCAGGAGAAGGUAUCAGGGGAGGAGUGGAGCAGCUGUGGGGGUGUGGCCAGGGAAACAACCUUCAAUGAUCUGGAGGAGGCUGAGAUCACCAGCCCUAGGAGAAUCUCUGAGUCCACAAAGGUCGGAGGUCAGAAGCUGGACAGUCUGCUGAAAGAGGAGGCUCUCCACAACACUGAGCUACAGGAGAGAUGGGAGUUCUGCCUGGAUGAGGCUGAUGGUUCAGACGUCUCUGGGCCCAGUAAGAGUUUUAUUCAGCAGGAGCUACAUCAGUGCCAAGAUGAGUGGAGAUCCAGUCUAGACCAGAGGCCUGAACCACCAGGCCCCGAGGGAGACUCGGGGGACCCCACCGACCCUCUCUACCGCCCCCACUACAGCAUGGAGGAACUAGGGGGUGACUUUGAGAAGUCUGGUUACGGCAGUAGCGGUAGUGGCGACCAUCUUCUAGACAUGGAAGGGCUGGAUAGGCUUCCUGGUUCUCCGCCUCGUCUGGGAGCGCUGAGCUACGGAGCUGCAGGUCACUACCAGGUGAACCUGGGGGGGUUUAAGGGGGGCGACCAUCACCAUCGCUCCCACAUGCCUGGCCCCCAUCAGAGCCGGAGGGAGCAGGUGGGGUCGCCAACGCCAUCCCCCCACCCAGAGGUGGGAGACCUGAACUGCCUGUUGAUCAACGAGGAGGGGUACCUGCAGGACUCCAGCGUCUUGUACCCUGAACACGGGGUCCCAGAGUCAGGGUAGC